CUUAAAAAGUAAACUGUUUUUUUUCCUGCUCCACCACCUCUUCAACUCUGCAACAUCAGUUCUAACUUCCUUCGAACGCUAAAUCACAAAAGACAGAGCAAUAAGAGAGAAAGACCAAAAUUUUCUCUUCCAUAUUUGUCUUCUCGAGACAUAGAGAGAGGGAGAGAAAAGAACACAACUUUCUCUUCCAUCUUCAUUUCGUGAAAAAGAAGCCAGUUUUUUUCAAAAAACCCUGUUUCACCACAUCCAUGGACGACUCUGAAUCUUCUCCUCUGGACUUAAAGGCUCUGUCUUUGACCGUUUCCUUCCCUGGGUGGAGAAAGGCGAACUCAGCUUUCAAGUCUUGGGCUACAAAAAUGUCUCUUUUGCACAAACCCACAUGGCAAAAUGCUGGAAUCUUGGAAGCAAUCAUGGCAUCUUCCAAAGGAUUCAACAAAGACACAGAUCUCGUUCUGGGUAUCGCUGAGAGAUGGUGUCCCGACACCAACACCUUCCUCUUCCCUUGGGGCGAAGCAACGGUGACAUUAGAGGAUGUCAUGGUUCUUCUAGGCUUCUCUGUUUUGGGUUCCCCUGUUUUUGCUGCUGUGGAUGGAUCAGGAGAGAAGAGUGUGAGGAAACUGGAGAAAGAAUGGCUCAAGAUUAAGAAAGAGAACAAAGUCAGUUUCGUAACUCAAGUCACAUGGAUGGGGAGAUUCAUGGACAGUGGGGAUGAGCUUGAGAAUGCGGCUUUCCUUGGGUUGUGGCUAAGCUACUUUGUGUUUCCAACAAGGUAUUGCCAUGUUGAUCAAGCUGUUUUGCCGAUUGCUCUUCAUCUUUCGAGAGGUACUAGGAUUGCUCUUGCUCCUGCUGUUCUUGCUCACCUGUAUGCAGACCUCACUCUCUUGGAAGACCACAUCAGAUGUUUCAACAUGAAAACAGGGGUUAACAACAAAGUGGAGUUGAGUUCCUUGUUUAAGUUGGUUCAGGUUUGGACAUGGGAGAGGUUCAGGGAGCUACGUCCCAACAACACUAAUCAGUUGCUACGAGGUGACCCAAGGUUGGCUCUUUGGGAUGAAGCGAAACAAAAGACAAUGAGGAGCAACGUGAGGAAAAUGACAAAGAGCAAUGUGAGGGAGAUACUGGCAAACUCGAAGAUGGAGAGCUUUGAGUGGCGUCCUUACACAAAAGCUGUGAAGAACUGGAAGAUUCCUCAGUUUUACCCUGAGAAAGCAAUGUGGGUUCCUGUUGGUCCUGAUCUUGAUGAGGAAUUAAUCUCCUUUGCUAGAUGCAUCAAGGCGUCUGAGCUUGUUGGAGUGGAUAGUACUGUGGAACACUACUUUCCCAAUCGAGUGGCUUCACAGUUCGGAUUGCUUCAGGAUGUUCCUUGUCCUGUUGUUAACAGGAACAACCUCUCCAAAGAGGCAGCUUGGGAGGAGUACAACAAGUCUAUUUAUGGAUUGACAUUGUACAUCCCUUCUCGUUCUGCAGAAUCUUGUUUUACUCCAGUGUUCUGCGAGUGGUGGAGGAAGGGUAGUCCAGUUAUUGAAUCAUCGACACCAAGAAACAUCUUAAGAGGUGAUGAUGAUGAUGAUACAUCUGAGCCUGUUCCUUCUGGUUCUAAGAAACGGAAGUCAGUGAGGCGAGUUUGCAAGAAGGAUGUGACUCAUAUGGAUCUUUAUCAGACACAGGUUCCAUCAGAGAAGGAAGAGGAAGAUGAUCGCUUAACCAUUGGUCAAGUAAUGAGAUCGAGAAAGAAGAAUACAGCUGCUAUGUGCUCAUCUGAUGAAAACCCUCCUACGGUACUGCCAUUAAGAGAAGUGGUUAAAAAGAUGGGAAAAGAGUUUCCUGAAAAUUUCAAAAGGUCUAGAUAUCUUAGAACACCAAAACAUGUGAGAUCAGAGGUAGUAGAAUCUGGUAGAUCAGCUUCAAGGGAAGUGCCAACUAAUGAGCUGUUUAACAAGGAAGUAGUGCCAUUCAGUGAAGUGGUUCAAAAGAAGAGAAAAGAGUUUCUUGAAAAGCUUAGGUCUAGAUAUCUUAGAACACCGACAGAUGUGAGAUCCGAGAUUGCAGAUUCUGGUGGAUCAGCUUCAAGAGAAGUGCCACUUAAUGAGUUGUUUCAGAAGGAGGAAGUAGUGAAGAGGAAGAGAGAGCAUUUGGGAGACAAGCGAGCUCGUGAGGAUGGUGUAAGAGUUGCUUCUGAAGCACCUGGAAAAAGAAACCAUAGACGUGAGGGUGAGGCAGAUAACAAAGGUUCAUGGAUCCGUCAAAAGAUUGCUUAUGAAGAUGAAACUGUAGCAACACUAAAAAUCAAGCAAAGGAGUGAAGAAGAAGAAGAAGAAACGGGGAACAAAGCAGGGAAGAAUAUGGUUCUGAGCUCAGCUAAGGGUAACAACUCUUCAGAUCUUCCUCUUGGUGCUAAUGGAGGAGUAGUUGACAUUGCUGUGUCAAGACCGAAGACAAGGCAAAAGUGUGAUGAUGACGUUAAUGAGUUGUUUCAGAAGGAGGAAGUAAUGAAGAGGAAGAGAGGGCAUUUGGGAUACAAGCGAGCUCGUGAGGAUGAUGGUGAGAGUUGUAUGGAUUGUUAUGAUAACAUUAUCACAGCUGAGAUGGUCAUAAACAGAGAGAAAAGUGUAGGAGUUGCUUCUGAAUCACUUGGGAAAAGAAACAGUAGAAGACUUGAGAGAGAUGAUAACAAUGAUUCAUGGAUCCGUCAAAAGAUUGCUACUAAAGAUGAAACUGUAGCACAACGAGAAGAAACGGGGAACAAAGCAGGGAAGAGUAAGGUUCUGAGCUCAGCUAAUGGUAACAACUCUUCAGAUCCUCCUCUUAGUGCUAAUGGAGUCGUUGAUGAGGUUGAUGUUAAUGGAAUCAAGGCUGAGAAAGAGAAGAUGUUAGUCAGUGGUGGAACCAAGGAAGCAAAGUGUGUGAUCCAUGAAGAUGGAGAAAACCAGAGAUCCAAUGAGAAGGAAGAUGAUGGUAAGAGAUUGAAGCAGACAAAUCUUGCAAUAGAUGAGAUAUCAUUGAGCCUAGAGGCACGUAUGAUGAAGGUUGAGAAGACUUUGGCAAAGAUUAGAGAAUGGAAAACCAUAGAAAGAAACCAGCUCAAAAGUGGAAUUUCUGCUUAGGAUCUGAUGCAAACAAUGUCACACAUCUGAACUUUUGGUGUUUUGCAUAAUGUUUAGAACUUUCUUAUUAGAGACAAAUCUUUAUGAUGUUUGGUGUGUUUUGAUUUAGUAUGUUUUUGAAAGAUCUCUCAGUUUGGAGGAUAAU